AUUUCAUGUGUCAAAUUGUCAAGUGUUCGGCAGCAUUUGCUUUUCAUAAAAAUAUUUUCCCUAUUUUCCGAUGAAAAUUUAAUUUAUUUUAAGUAAAGUUUUAUGAAUUAAAAACCACACUAUUCUUAUCGAAGAUGGCAAACUUACAAAAUGCUGCCGAUAAGGCGUUGAAAAUGCUGCGAACAUUACCUCGAGUACAAAUUGGGAAUAUUCGGCCGAAUCCUAACUCGAAGCAAAAUGAUAAACGAGGCCGUGGACAACAUGGGGGUGACAAACAUGGUGCAGGCAACAAGGGAUCCGGGCAAAGACAGAAUUUCAUGCGAUUGGGUUAUGAAACAGGCAACACACCCUUCUACCUUCGUUUCCCCUAUGAGCCAUACUACAAGGGACACCAUCUCCGCAGACAAUAUCCUCCGAUUACCCUAAAACAAUUGCAGAUGCUCAUCGACACCAACAGAUUAGACACCUCUAAGCCGAUUGAUGUCACAAGCUUGUGCGCUACCGGAAUCCUUCCUCUGUUCCCCAAUGAAAUGCAAUUCGGCUUCCAACUCAUCGACGAAGGUGCGGAUAAUUUCAAAGCAAAGAUUUGCAUUGAAGUUCAACAUGCUAAAGAAUCAGUUAUUGCGGCAGUUGAAAGAAAUGGUGGUGUCAUACGAACAGCUUACUACGAUCCUAUGAGCUUGCAGAUUUUAGUCAAUCCAAAGAAAUGGUUUGAGAAAUGUGUUCCAAUACCAAAGAGGGCGUUGCCACCUCAGGAUUGUGUUAGUUACUAUACAUCGGGAAAGAAUCGAGGAUACUUGGCGGAUCCAGAGGAAGUUAGCCAAGAGCGAUUGGUUUUGGCACAGAAAUACGGUUAUGAGUUGCCGAAGAUUGAAGAAGAUCCCGAUUAUGAGAUGUUAACGUCUUUGAAAGAUGCCCGACAAAUAUUCUUUGGCCUUAAUCCUGGAUGGGUAGUAAGUUUAAAAGAUAAGGCGAUUAUUAAACCAAAGCCAAAGGCAAAUUAGUGUUGCAAUCAGUUGAAAUUGUUAAAAUAAAAAUAAAAAUUUUAAAAUCA